AGCAGCAGCAAGGGGAGCUGCGGCAUCAUGUCGGCCGUGUUCCCCACCGCGGUUCUCUGUGUGUACGGGUUCUUCUCCAGCAUGAGACCGUCCGAACCAUUCCUCACCGCCUACCUGAUGGGACCGGACCAGAACCUGACGGAGACCCAGGUCGUCAAUGAAAUUUAUCCAAUAUGGACGUACUCCUACCUGGUUCUCCUGUUCCCAGUCUUCCUGGUGACAGACUUUCUCUGUUACAAGCCGGUGUUGGUGCUGCAGGCCUCCAGCCUGGUGGUUACCUACACCAUGUUGUGGAAGGCUCGGGGCAUGCUGGCCAUGCAGCUCCUGGAGUUUUUCUUUGGCCUGGCCACGGCGACAGAGGUGGCGUACUACUCGUACAUCUACAGUGUGGUGGAGUCGACGCACUACCAAAGAGUGACGGGUUUCUGUCGCAGCGUCACUCUGCUGGGCUCAGCUGCCGGCUCUCUGAUCGGUCAGCUGCUUCUGUCUGUGGCCGAAGUUCAUCUGCUGCACCUGGUCAUCGUCACCAUGGCGUCGGCUGCAGUGGCCUUCAUCGCCCCCUGGUUUCUCCCUAUGCCCAAAAGGAGUUUGUUCUUUCACAAGAAUCCAGUAGAGGUGGAGGAGCGAGCAUGCAUCAGAAGCAGCACCUCCCAGACGUUCCAGGUGGAGGACUCGGAGUCCAUGGUCUCCAGGUCCUCCAAGCCAGCAGGUGGCAGCAGAGGUCUCAUCGAGGUGUUACAGAUGUUGUUCAGUGACUUCCUACAGUGCUACAGAUGUCGCCCCCUGCUGGCCUGGUCAGUGUGGUGGGCUCUGGCUACAUGUGGCUACUUCCUGAUCCUCAACUACGUCCAGGCGCUGUGGGAGACCAUCCGUCCGUCCCGUGACCACGUCAUCUACAACGGAUACGUAGAGACGCUGUCCACGCUGCUCGGAGCUGUGGCAGCUCUGCUGGUGGGCUGCCUGCCGGUGUCCUGGUCUCUGUGGGGAGAGCUGGUUCUGUGUGUCCUGUCCCUGCUCAUGGCUGUGUGUGUGUUUGCCAUGGAUCUGCUGAAGAACAUCUGGGUGUGUUACGGCCUGUACAUCCUCUUCAGAACCAUCUACAUGCUGCUCAUCACCGUGGCCACAUACCAGAUCGCAGCCAGCCUCAGCAUGCAGCGCUACGCUCUGGUGUUUGGCGUCAACACCUUCGUGGCUCUGCUUCUCCAAACCCUGCUCACUGUGAUUGUGGUGGACUCUGCAGGACUCGGCCUCGAUGUCUACUCUCAGUUUCUGAUCUACGGGACCUAUUUUGCUGUCAUCUCUGUGAUCUUCCUCCUUGCCGGGCUCUGCAGACUGAUGUCCAUGAGGAGGUCCAAGGAGGAAGUCUUGGCUGGAGUUCAAGCAGCGUCCAACCCUCCUGCAAACGGGGAAAUGUUGUACUUGUAAACACCCUUCACCAGUGGUUUGUAGCCAGCAGGUGACUCUGCUUUGACUUUAUUUACCUCCUUACAAAACGUCCA